CCCAGCUUGGGCAAGGAUUUUUUCCGCAACAUCAUGGACGAUGAUACUUGGCGCACAUUUCUACAUGCGUGUCCUCGCAACACGGCGCGCCAGUAUCUUCCUCCACCGCUCAACAACAUCGACACAAGUGCUCGAACGCAACGCAUCGACAAGCAG